CGUUUCAAGCGAAUCUUGUUUCUCAUGGCGCACAACCUCAUCAGCAUUACAAUGUUUUUAGGCAUUGUUUGGACGGAUCCUUCAUGGCGGUGUUUUUACUUGGUUUUACAACAUGGUCGGCACGAAUGUCGCCAACAUUUCUGUUUCGUAUGUCAAUAUUGCGCGGAUACCCUUCUUUGGGCUAGAGGCAGACCUCGCCCUGGAUGUUUUUUUCUCUUACUUUUCUCUUCUUUACUCUCCGAUUACAAUCUUCUCCUUGCCCAAUGCAGGCAUUCUUCAUCCUCUUCAUCCUCUUCUUCUCUCCUUUGUUCAUUUACAACAAGCACUGGGCGGCCAUGAACAUCGCACUUUUCCUAUGUUUCUACACACUCGAGACUACAUCAAGUAUAGCACAGAGACUCAAAGAAUACUACAUCUUCACAAACAAACAACUCUGCCAUAGUGUGCCCUCUCGAUGUAUGUGUCUCUACGACUCUUGACAGGCCAUGUGUCUGUCGCCUUGAUAUCAGGCACUCUGUGGAGCACCAGUGUCGUCGUCAUAGUGGUGGUCU